GUUUUAUUAUCAACAAAACGGUCAGCUGUGUACGUACAAGUAUUACUUCAUUAUGACAUUGUUUAAUCGGCAUUUCAAACUGUUUUGUUUGUCAAUUGUACGAUGUUCGUGAUAUCAACAAUCUAUUGAAACAGUUGAAACUUCGGAAUGUCACGGGGUCUACAGAAUACCAACGCGAUCCCCUUGGUGCGUAUGUGUGUUUGUGCAUAAACAACGACAGUGAUGUUUAAAAAACAGUUGCUCCGGACAAUGUGUGAGAAGAUAAAAAUUCCAUUUGUAUAUUGUUAUCGUCAUGUGAGUGUCGUUGAUAAUUGCCAUUGGCGACACACUGUAGUCUCAGUUGAGCCGGGACGGUCACACGAAUUGGACGCUUGUAUUUUGUCGACAGUGAAUGAAAUGGAGAAAAAAAUCAUCAAAAUCAUAAUUAUUGGUGCCGGCACAUCCGGAUUUGCAGCCGCAUCAAAACUGAUCUCCAAUGGAUUUGAAAAUGUGACCAUUUUGGAGGCCGAGAAUCGCAUCGGCGGACGGGUUCAUACCAUUGAAUACGGUGCCAAUGUAUUGGAUAUGGGCGCACAGUGGUGUCAUGGUGAAGAGGGAAAUGUCGUUUACGAUAUGGCCAAGGACAAAAAUUUACUUUCAUCAAACGUUCCAAGAUAUGAUAGCAUCGAAUUUGUGAGAUCGAAUGGAGAAAAAGUCCCACAAAACAUAACUGAUAAACUCGGAAAUCUCAUGGAUGAACUUUUGGACCGAGAUGAUAAGCGAGAAGAGAAAAGCGACUACCAGGGUUCCUUUGGCAACUAUAUCGCAGAAAGAUAUUUUCGCGCUCUGCGAAGUGACAAGUUCAACGACAUUGACGUGAAUCUUCAGCGUGAGGCAUUUGAAUGGUUUCAUCGGUAUCGAAAUAUGUACAUAGCUUGUGAUUCAUGGUACGAAGUAUCUGGACGUGAUUACAUUGAAUAUUGGGAUUGUCCAGGCGAUUUACUUCUUAAUUGGAAGGACAAAGGAUACACAACGGUUUUUAAUUUGCUUCAGAAUAAAAUUCCCGUUGGAUCUGAAAAACCAAUCGACAUUGAAUCGCGAGUUUUAUUGAAUAAAGAAGUAACGAAAAUCACAUACAACGCAUCCAAUGCAAAACCAAAUACAAAAGUCUUGUGUUCCGAUGGCAGUGAACAUUACUGUGAUCAUUUAAUUUGUACCAUGUCGUUGGGCGUGCUGAAAAAUCGUCAUUGGACGCUAUUUGAGCCGCCGUUGCCGCGACAUAAAAUCGACAGUAUUGAAAGCAUGGGCUUUGGAACGGUUGACAAAAUCUAUGUUGAAUUUAAAAAAUCAUUUUGGAAUGCAGACUGGGAAGGUAUUUCAUUUCUUUGGAAUCCCGAACAGUUGAAAGAAAUACAUAAGGAUUCAGUGAACGGUCCAUGGUUGAUGGAGACACUCGGAUUUUACACGGUCAGCUUUCAACCAAACAUACUAUGCGGAUGGAUUACGGGAAAUGCUGCACGUAAAAUGGAGUUGGUGGGUGAACAUGAUGUAAAGUUGGGCGUAGAGAAGGUGCUUCGCAUGUUUUUGAAAAAUUACGGCCAAUUCAAUGUGAAGAAUGUAUUUUGCACAAAAUGGAGUUCAAACCCACACUUCCUUGGAUCCUAUACAUAUUAUUCGCUGAACGCUGAUGCAGUGGGUGCAUCGACUGACUCAUUGGCCGAACCGAUUCUCCAUCGAAAUUCAAAACCACUCAUUCAAUUCGCUGGUGAGGCUACGCACGCUCACUAUUACUCAACGGUUCAUGGUGCUGUCGAGACUGGUUGGAGAGAAGCACAACGAAUCAUCGACUCAUAUAAGAGCACAUCAAUUGAAAAAGACAUUCCAAAAUUGAAACUUUGAGUGAUUCAAUAAAUUUUCAUUGAAUUUUUUUGGCAACUAUUCCAAUUUAAGAUAUUAUUGUACAAUGCAUAAAAGACAAGGAAAAUAUUUCAAAUUAUUCGGAAAAUAUACAAUAUUAAAUAAAAA